AUGGCUUCCUUAUCAUCAGCAUCAACUUCCAUUACCCAAUUCAUCUCAGACCAACCUUACCUCUCCAUCCUAGAAAAACGCUGCGCCACCAUGUCCGACCUCCAAAAGAUUCAUGCACCGCUCAUCAAAACCGGGUUGGUCAAAGAUAAAGUCGCCGCCAGCCGCGUCUUGGCCUUCUGCGCCUCCCCGGCCGGAAACAUGAGCUACGCUUUAAUGGUUUUCAAGCACAUCCAAGACCCAAAUCCUUUCAUUUGGAACACAAUCAUCAGAGGCUUCGCUCAAAGCUCAACUCCUCAAAUGGCAAUCUCUCUCUUCAUUGACAUGUUGGUCAGCUCCCCAUUUGAUCCUCAAACAUUGACUUACCCUUCAGUUUUUAAGGCCUAUACUCGACUUGGGCAGGCUUCUGUUGGGGCCCAGCUUCAUGGGAGAGUAGUAAAAUUGGGUCUUGGAAGUGAUAGGUAUGUACGGAACACCAUUAUACAUAUGUAUGCCGAUUGUGGAUUUUUGAGGGAAGCAAGAAAACUGUUUGAUGAAAGUUCUGAGUUAGAUGUUGUUUCUUGGAAUUCUAUGAUUAUGGGUCUUUCUAAAUGUGGAGAAGUUGAUGAGGCUGUAAGGCUGUUUGAUAGAAUGCCAUUAAGAAAUCCCAUUUCUUGGAAUACUAUGAUUACCGGGUAUGUUAGGAAUGAGAGAUUCUUCGAGGCUUUAGAGCUUUUUGGAAAAAUGCAGCAGGAGAGAAUAAAGCCUAGUGAGUAUACUAUGGUAAGCUUGUUAAACGCCUCUGGUCGCUUAGGAGCAAUCAGGCAAGGGAAGUGGAUUCAUGAUUACAUAAGAAAAAACGAAAUUGAAUUGAAUGUAAUAGUUGUCACAGCAAUUAUAGUCAUGUAUUGUAAAUGUGGGAGUAUUAGUGAAGCUCUUCAUGUGUUUGAGACAGCUCCUAAACUGGGAUUAUCUUGUUGGAACUCCAUGAUUAUGGGUCUGGCCUUGAAUGGUUGGGAGGAAGAAGCAAUUGAAUUGUUCUCAAAAUUUGAGUCCUCUAAUCUUGAACCGGAUGGUGUGAGUUUUCUUGCUGUCCUCAUGGCUUGUAGUCACUCUGGCAUGGUUGAUAAAGCUACGGACUUAUUCUCUCUAAUGAUUGAGAAAUAUAAGAUUGAACCAUCAAUAAGACACUAUAGUUGCAUGGUUGAUGUGUUAGGCCAAGCUGGAUUUGUUGAAGAAGCAGAAAAAGUAAUCUUAAGUAUGCCAAUAAAAGCAGAUGCCAUUAUUUGGGGGUCAUUGCUCUCAGCUUGCAGGAAGCAUGGAAACAUUGAGAUGGCGCAACGAGCGGCAGAGCGAGUGAUUGAAUUGGAUCCCUGUGAGAGUUCUGCUUAUGUCCUAAUGUCGAACCUUUAUGCUGGUUCAAAUCAAUUUGAGGAGGCAAUUGAGCAAAGGCUCUCCAUGAAGGAGAAGAGGGUAGAAAAAGAACCAGGGUGUAGUCUGAUUGAAGUGGAUGGAGAAGUUCACGAAUUUGUAGCUUUUGGAAGGACACAUCCUAGAGCGAAAGAGAUUUACUCACUCUUGAAUUAGUAAGAAUUGAUAUUCCAUGACAGUUAAAAAAGAGGAGUUGAUAAACUCCUUGUUUGUAAAUUGUAAUUUAGGAUUCACAAAACUAAACGACCCACUUCUUGUUAAUAUAAA